GACAAUUUCCGCUGUCUAGCUCGCCGCCCGCGUUUAAUAAUCUCUCUAUAAAAUUUUCACUUCAUUUAGCGAUAAAUGGAAUGACCUGUCUUAUAUAACAUGGAGAAGCAGAGCAACGCCAUUGCUGAUAGUUCUACUGGGGAUGAGAUGAAUUUAACACGAGCAGACAGUUCUGGAAUUGGUGUUGAGACUGGAACGGAGGCUACCGAACCUGACCAUGAUAUUGCUGAACUGACACGAGAUAUGUUUAAUAAGAUGACUGCAUACAUCCGAGGAGAUCUAGCAACAACAGCAGAAGAUUACAAGCUCCUUGAAGACAUGAACAGAAUAACGUCUAAGAAGUAUGAAGAUAUGAAGCAAACAGCAUGUGAGAUCUCCAGCGCUAUGAAGACUUUAGAUGAAAAAUAUAAAAAUCUUGAGCCGUACUUGGCUCAAGUUGAUCAAAUUGAGGAGAGUGUCCUCAGUUUAGAGCAUGCGGCUCUAAGACUUGAUGCCUAUGCUAGACGACUAGAAGCCAAAUUCAAGCAUCUUGAGAAAAGGUGAGAAUGAGGUUGGGGAAGAUAAUCAGCUCCUUGGCUGCAGAAGGAUGUCUACAAGAAAAGCAUUGUCUGAUUAUUUUAUUGAUCUCUGAACUUGCUAUUGCUGAGGGAAAUGAAACAGCAGUUUAGGACCUUGUCAAGUUUUCAUUUAAAGACACUAGACACUAUUGGUAAAUUAUUACCAGACCUACCAAGUCUCACGCAUUAGGCUUGAG